GACACACGUGGGCCCACAGGCGGGGUGGGAUCAGGCUGCUCAGCCCAGCUCUGUGUCUGUCUGUGCCCAGGGGCCUCACACUCUGUCCUGUUCCCCCCCAGCCCCGGCCCAUCCUGCCGGGGAGGGGCUUUGGCUCCCAGAAAUGUCCCAGAUUCCCAUCAGUCUGGGCUCUGCCCCCCCCCCCCCCACAGGGGUCUCCCGUGCCCCCCACUCCCUAACAGGGGGUUUGUCUCCCACUUCCCACGGGUGACUUCCAGGGAUGAGCCCCCCCUCCACACAGCCUCCACUGGGGGGCAAUAUCUGGGAGGAACAGGGGGAGUAGGAUUCCUGGAGGCUGGGGGGCCCUGCCCCCUUUCAUGCACCAGCCCCCCAGGGGCCGAUUUCUGCUCUGUGUGACCCCCCCCCCACACACACACACAUCUGCCAGGGCCAGACCCCUGUCGAAGGAGCAGCGGGGGCCCGUGUCUGGGUGGGGGCAGAGAGAAGGGCGGGUGAGUCCCUCCCCCCGGCAGUGGAGGCAGGCAGGGCUGGGGGGGGCAAGGGAGGUGCUUCGUUCCAGCUCCGCUCCCUCUCACUUCCCCUGUCUCUUCUCUUUGCCCCCAGCUGGGAACCAGGCGUCUCUGCUGUCCUGGCAGGUCCCGGCGGGUCCCGCAGCAGUGAAGGGCGAUGGGGCGAAUCCCCCACAGACCAGGCGGCCCUUGGACAGGGAUUCUCCUGGCAGCCUCCGUCCUGGGCUCCUGCCUGCAGCCGGUGCCGGCCCAGACCCCGGUGACCAUCGUCCUCACCCCGCCGAGCCCCACGGUGGGAGGGGGCGUCAGCCUGGCCCCGCAGAAUCCACCACAGGACUUCGUGCUCUGCAGCUGGUUCCGAUCAGCGACCGCCACUGAUGGAAACAGCCAGAUCCUCACCUAUUACUCACAAACACCCCCCGUCCAGACCAAGGACUGGGCCCACACGGGGCGGGAGACUGCGGGGCCGGGCUGCGCCCUGCACAUCGCGGGGUUAACGCUCAAGGACACCGGGAACUACACGGUGCUGAUUCAGAGCCCGACUAGGCCUGUCCUCGCCACGGUGCAUCUGCCCGUCUCUGACACCCCUCGUCCAGGUCUCUCUGCCGGGGCCGUCGCCCCUCGUCCAGGUCUCUCUGCCGGGGCCGUCGCUGGGAUCGUCAUCGGGUCACUGGCGGGGUCGGCGCUGGUCGGAGUCGGGGCCUAUUUCCUCUACUCUCGCUGCCGGAACGAGACCCCCAGGGAGAAUGGGGCACCCGUCCUGGUGUACGAGAACCUGCCCCUGGCAGCCAGGGCAGGGCCAGUGACACUGCAGCCCUGACAGCAGGACGUGUACAAGGAGCUGAAGAAGUGAUGCCCCCUCCUGCCCCCCAGUGCAUGCUGGGAGGGGCCCGGUGCAUGCUGGGAAAGGCGCGUCCCCAAGCCUGGGUCCUGCCGCCCGGGGACGUCCCGCCGAUGAAGCGUUAAAGGGCAGGAACAGCCACCGCCCGGCCCGGGGGGUCCGUCCGUCCAGGCUGCUUCCCUGGCGCCCAUCACCGCAGCGUCUGGGCCCCUCCAAAGAAAUCAGAAACUCGGCGCCUGUGAGUGGCUCUGGCUCCAUUGUGCCCAGCACAGUAUUUGGGAGCCCACCUCUGCCACCGGCUUGGUGACGUCUCAGGACCAAACACCCCCCAGCCUGGGGGCACGUGCCCUGUUUUCUGCCCAUCUGACCUGAGCCUGGCGCGCUGAGCUGUGUCCCACCCCAGGCCGCGGGAGCUCCCCACUGCACAGAGGGGCCCGGGCAGCUCAGUGACCAGCCUGGGUCCCAUGGGGAGUCUGUGGGGCUACAGGGACUCAGACCCGGGUCUCCCCAGUGCCCGACUGGUGCCCAAACCAGGGCCAGGGGUCCCCGCCCAGGGCUUCCCCCCGCACCCCCCACACACUUCCUGGUGUUUGUUCUAAGCCUGCCGCCCAUUCCUGUCAUUUCCCGACCCCUAGUCCUUGUGUUUCGAGGAGUAAAUAACAGGAGCCUCCAGCGGCUCCUUCUGCAGCUCUGGGCUCCAGUCAAUAAACUCAGCCUGGUUGUCUCUGUAA